UUGAAAGAAAUUUCCUAGUUCGGAUCUAACCUCCGCUCUGUGAAAUUCAAAUCGCGAUCAUUUCCGACAUCAGAUUUCACCGAUCGAAUUCCGGCGAUGUACCAGUGGAGGAAGUUCGAGUUCUUCGAGGAGAAAUUGGCGGGAAAGUGCGCGAUUCCCGAGGAAGUCGAAGGGAAGAUCGAGUGCUGCUCCAGCGGCAGAGGGAAGGUCGUCGUCGGAUGCCACAACGGCGCCGUCAGCCUCCUGGACAGAGGCCUCAACUUCAAUUUCUCCUUCCAUGCUCACUCUUCAUCUGUCCUCUUCCUUCAGCAGCUCAAGCAACGGAACUUUCUGGUGACCGUUGGAGAAGAUGAACAACUUUCUCCCCAGCAAUCCGCUACGUGCCUCAAGGUUUUUGACCUUGAUAGGAUGCAAUCUGAGGGCUCGAGCUCAGUUAGUCCUGAUUGUAUUGGAAUCUUGCGCAUAUUCACCAAUCAGUUCCCCAAAGCGAAGAUUACGUCAUUUUUAGUCCUGGAAGAAGCCCCACCGAUACUUCUAAUCGCUAUUGGCUUAGAUAAUGGUUGCAUUUAUUGCAUCAAAGGGGACAUUGCAAGAGAGCGUAUUACCCGUUUCAAGCUUCAGGUGGAUAAUGCUUCUGAUAAGAGCCAAUCCUCUAUCGUAGGUCUUGGAUUCAGGGUGGAUGGUCAAGCCCUUCAGUUGUUUGCUGUGACUCCAACUUCAGUGAACUUGUUCAGCUUGCAAAGUCAACCAGCAAAGCGGCAAACCCUGGAUGAGAUCGGAUCUGUUGUUAAUAGUGUUGCAAUGAGCGAUCGAUCGGAGUUGAUUGUUGGUCGACCUGAGGCUGUAUACUUUUAUGACGUUGACGGCCGUGGCCCGUGUUGGGCUUUUGAAGGAGAGAAAAAAUUCUUAGGGUGGUUUCGUGGUUACCUUUUGUGUGUUAUUGCUGAUCAAAGAAAUGGAAAGAACACAUUCAACGUUUAUGACCUCAAGAAUCGGUUAAUUGCUCAUAGUCUUGUGGUUAAUGAAGUCUCCCAUAUGCUUUGUGAAUGGGGGAACAUAAUUCUCAUUAUGGCCGACAAAUCUGCUCUGUGCAUUGGGGAAAAGGAUAUGGAAAGCAAGUUAGAUAUGCUCUUUAAGAAGAACCUCUAUACUGUAGCCAUCAACAUUGUACAAAGUCAGCAAGCUGAUGCAGCAGCAACUGCAGAGGUACUAAGGAAGUAUGGGGAUCAUUUAUACAGCAAACAAGAUUAUGAUGAGGCUAUGGCUCAAUAUAUCCAUACCAUCGGCCACCUUGAGCCUUCUUAUGUGAUACAGAAGUUCUUAGAUGCACAAAGAAUAUACAACCUUACAAAUUACUUGGAAAAAUUACAUGAAAAGGGACUAGCGUCCAAGGAUCAUACCACUCUUCUACUGAACUGUUACACAAAAUUGAAAGAUGUUGAAAAGCUAAAUGUCUUCAUAAAAAGUGAGGAUGGCGCUGGAGAACACAAGUUUGAUGUGGAGACUGCAAUCAGGGUCUGUCGUGCUGCCAAUUACCACGAGCAUGCAAUGUAUGUUGCUAAGAAGGCAGGUAGGCAUGAAUUGUACUUGAAAAUCUUGCUUGAAGAUCUUGGUAGAUAUGAUGAAGCAUUGGAGUAUAUUUCAAGCCUUGAACCAAGUCAAGCUGGGGUAACCAUAAAAGAGUAUGGUAAGAUUCUCAUAGCGCACAAGCCUGUGGAGACAAUUGAGAUACUCAUGAGACUUUGCACUGAAGAUGGAGAAUCAGCAAAGGAAGGUGCCUCUAAUGUCACAUAUUUGUCUAUGCUCCCAUCUCCCGUUGAUUUUCUUAACAUUUUCAUCCAUCAUCCAGAGUCCCUAAUGGAUUUUCUUGAGAAGUAUACUAACAAGGUGAAAGACUCACCUGCUCAAGUAGAAAUUCAUAAUACACUUUUGGAGUUGUAUUUGUCCAGGGAUUUCGACUUUCCAUCUAUAUCACAAGCAAACAAUGGAGUUGACCUAAACCUUGUGGUAAGAGAGGGAGUACCUGUGCAGUCAAGACCUGAGUCCAAUGGGAAAGUAAUUGCUGAUGGCAAAGAUUUAACGAAGGAAAAGGACUGUUUGGAAAGACACAAGAAGGGACUGCAAUUGCUGAAGAAUGCUUGGCCACCAGAGCUGGAACAUCCCCUAUAUGAUGUCGGGCUUGCAAUAAUUCUCUGCGAAAUGAAUGCAUUUAGAGAUGGGCUUUUGUAUUUAUAUGAAAAGAUGAAACUGUAUAAAGAGGUAAUUGCUUGCUACAUGCAGGCUCAUGACCACGAGGGACUGAUCGCAUGCUGCAAGAGACUUGGGGAUUCGGGUAAGGGAGGGGACCCAUCUCUUUGGGCAGACCUGCUGAAAUAUUUUGGUGAACUAGGAGAAGAUUGCUCUAAAGCAGUGAAGGAAGUACUAACCUACAUAGAGAGGGAUGACAUCUUGCCUCCAAUUAUUGUUCUUCAAACUUUAUCCAGAAAUCCAUGUCUCACAAUCUCUGUCAUUAAGGAUUACAUUGCUCGAAAACUUGAACAAGAGUCAAAACUGAUUGAAGAGGACCGACGAGCUAUUGACAAGUAUCAGGAUGACACAACGGCCAUGAGGAAAGAAAUCCAGGAUCUUAGGACAAAUGCAAGAAUCUUUCAGCUUAGUAAGUGUACUGCAUGCACUUUCACCCUUGACCUCCCUGCCGUACACUUCAUGUGUAUGCACUCGUUCCAUCAGCGUUGCCUUGGAGAUAAUGAAAAGGAAUGUCCUGAAUGUGCUCCUGAGUACAGAUCUGUUCUAGAAAUGAAAAGAAACCUGGAACAGAACUCCAAAGAUCAAGAUCAUUUCUUCCAGCAGGUGAAGAGUUCGAAAAAUGGUUUUUCUGUGAUUGCCGAGUACUUUGGUAAGGGGAUCAUUAGCAAAACAAGUACUGCAACCACAGGUGCUUCUCAAACAGGUACCACUUCUUCCACCAGUGGAUUCUAGAGUUUGUUGAUUGUUGAGUGGAUUGGUUUUAGUAUUAUACACCACUCAGUCCGAUGCAAUUUUACAAUUAUGGGAACAUGUGAUGGCGUUGUGUGAUUUGGAGUUCUUUUUUGCCGUAGUCCGUGUAAAUUAUAAAAUUGUAAAUUGAUCUUCCAGCUCAACCCUCCCUUUAGUCUGAGGCAAUUGGGCUAGCGAUCCAAAAUGAGGAAUUGUGAGGUUGCAUGAUCGGGGUAAACGUUGAGAACAAAUGUCGGAUGUUUUCUGUUUAAAAUAGCUUGUAAGAUGUUAAAUUUAUUUAUAUUGUUGGCCCAAAUGUGUGAAGUUACAGAGAAUAGUUUACUCUUCUACCUUACUGGAUUUUAUAUCUUUUGAAUGCAAUCAUCAAAUAGUAUUGUAACACGCUGAAAAGGAAAAUGAGGUUUGUGCUCAAUGUUUUCUUUUUAGCCUGCAGUGUCUUUAUUG